AUGGGGUCAACCACAUCCCAUAAAUACACGCUGACAAGGACAACCACAUCCUAUGAACACACGCUGACAGAACCAACCAUAUCCCACGAGCACAUGCUGACAGGCCCAACCGCAUUCCGUGAACACACGCUGACAGGGCCAACCACAUCCCAUAAAUACAAGCUGACAGGGCCAACCACAUCCCAUGAGCAUAUGCUAACAGAACCAACCAUAUCCCAUGAACACUCGCUGACAGAGCCAACCACAUCCCAUGAACACACGCUGACAGAACCAACCAUAUCCCAUGAACACACGCUGAGAGAAUCAACCACAUCCCAUGAGCAUAUGCUGACAGGGUCAACCACAUCGCAUGAACACACGCUGACAGAACCAACCACAUCCCAUGAGCAUAUGCUGACAGAACCAACCACAUCCCAUGAGCAUAUGCUGACAGAACCAACCACAUCCUAUGAGCAUAUGCUGACAGGGCCAACCACAUCCCAUGAACACACGCUGGCAGGGCCAACCACAUCCCAUGAAAACACGCUGACAGAACCAACCAUAUCCCAUGAACACACGUUGACAGGACCAAACACAUCCCAUGAACACAUGCUGACAGGACCAACCACAUCCCAUAAACUCACGCUGGCAGGGCCAACUACAUCCCAUAUACGCAUACUGGCAAGGCCAACCACAUCCCAUAUACGCAUACUGGAAAGGCCAACCACAUCCCAUGAACGCGCACUGACAGAAUCAAACACAUUCCAUGAAAGCAACUCAAAGUGCCAACCACAUCCUAUUACCACAUGCUGA